AUGGAGUCAGAAGAAGGGAAGGUCUCUGUGUGGGUCUGCCAGGAAGAGAAGCUGGUCUCCGGGCUGACAAAGAAGACCACAUGUUCUGAUGUGGUGCAAGUUCUGCUGGAAGACCAGAACCUGCGGCAAGGUGCCUCAGCAGGGAUGCUGUCCGGACCCGCUCAAUCCUACUGCGUGGUGGAGAAAUGGAGGGGCUUUGAGAGGAUUUUACCCAACAAGACAAAAAUUCUUCGACUGUGGAGCGCCUGGGGCGACGAGCAGGAGAAUGUCCGCUUCGUCUUGGUCAAGAGUGACGCGUCGCUUCCUAACAACGGGCCCCGGAGCGCUGAGGCUCGGGUGGUCCAGCGUCGGGAGAAUUGGGGUCCGGACGGGGUGAUCAGGGCUACAGCCAGGAUCUGUUGGCCCGCUGGGGCCACUAACAUGUCCCAGGAGAGGCAGAGGCGCAUUGUGAGGAAGGCCUUCAGAAAGUUGGAUAAAAUGAACAAAAAGAAAGAGCAAGCUCCUGGAAAAGAUAAGAGCUCUUUGGAGAAGAUGGAGACUUUGGUCCACUUGGUGCUUUCUCAGGAUCACACCAUCCGUCAGCAGGUCCAGAGACUCAAGGAGCUGGAUAAGGAAAUUGAGAGGUACGAGUCCAAGGUGCACUAUGAGCGCGUGAAGACACAUGGAGUUAACUAUGUGCAGGACACUUACUUGGAUGACUCCUCCUCCCCAGAGACCUUUCCACGCAAAGUAACUCCAGAAGCGCUGGCCCAGUUUGAGGAGUAUGCUCGCAUGUGUGAGGAGGUUGUGAGGCUGCAGGAGGAGCUGAUGGAGCGGGAGGCGCUUGUUGAGAGCAUCACCGGAGAGAUCCAGGAGGAGCUCAACCACCGGUGGAUGAAGCGGCGGCAGGUGGAGACGGGAGGAGAAGAAGAAAAAGUGUCGGAAAUAUGCAGGUCUGCUCCUCUUGAGUGUGUGUCUGGACAGGAGGCGAUGUUAGAGGAAGAGAGGAUCAAAACACAGCUGAACACCAGCCUCUACAUCGGCCUGAGACUUAAGACGGACCUGGAUGGCAUUCGAGGAGACUUGGACAUGAGUCUUGCACUCUGGGAGAGCAAGGAGACUGAACUGAUGGACCUUCUGGCCAAAGUGGAAACAAUGGAAAUUGAGCAGCUAAACACAAAACUGGAGUGCGAAGACAAUGAUGAUGAGGAUGAUGAAGCGAAGGGAGAUAACGGUGCAGUAGUGUCAGAGAAGAAGAGCAGCAUUUGGGUGGAGCACGCCCGGGGUCUGUCAAAGACCUGCAUCAUCAAUGACGAGGACUCGGACACAGGUCUGAGCUCCAUGCACAGUCAGGACUCUGACAACCCUCCUGUCUGUGAGUCUCUGGUGUGA